CAAGCCACUGUGAAGCUACACAAAAGCAACCGUCAACGUUAAAUUGAACGGCGGGUGUGGAGCGGGUGAAAGUGACGUAAAGUUUAGUGACAUCACUGACGUGUUGGUCAGAUUGCUGGAAAAGCUAAAUCCCCAUGAAGCACCGUGUUACGACCAGACAGUAAAACUGGGAAUAAAUCAAAGUAAUAGGGUCCGGACAUGUGAAGGAUGCAGUCCGGCUUUAAGUCGAACUGGGACUUUACUGUAUACUGGGGAGGGGGCCGUGAGAUCCAGUUUCAGAUGGGACAGGCGAGCCUUGAGGAUGGGGCUGACCACUCUGACCAGGAUAAACGUGUAUUUUUAGCGCUGUGCAUCCCGCUGUCAGAGGUGGAGGGUGUGUGUUUACGCAUCAGGUAGAACACCCAUAGGCCCUACUAACCCGCUACAGAGGUGGUGGAUGCCCAUACACGUCAGCACCUCCUCACACAACGGCAGCAUUCAUGUGUUUACCUCAGCUCUGAGCAGGGCAAAAGCAAUGGCUCUGAAAUCGCGGAGACCGUGGACGACAAUGAUUUUCGGCGUCUUUCUCGGAUUCACCGCGUCCUCUUGGCUCAUCGUACCUCAGGUUCUGGAGAGUACACGGAAAAAAUCCCUGAAGUCCCGACAUCCACGAGGACACUGCGGUUGUCAAAGACCGGGACAACCCGCAUUUCAGUCGGGAGGAGGACGGGAUAUUUAGCGCGGGGAACAUAGCGGAGAAACCGGGAGACCCGUAAGUAGACCAAGGCAUUUCCUCUAUGUCGGCGUUAUGACGGCGAAAAAAUACUUGAGGUCUCGCACCGUUGCUGCAUACAAGACCUGGGCGAGCUCCAUACCCGGGAAAGUGGAGUUCUUCUCGAGCGCUGGGUCCGGUACGGUCCUCUCGCCCGUCCCAGUCCCAGUGGUUUCGCUGGCAGGUGUGGACGACUCCUACCCGCCACAGAAGAAGUCAUUCAUGAUGCUGAAGUACAUCCACGACCACUACCUGGAUAAAUACGAGUGGUUCAUGCGGGCAGACGACGAUGUUUAUAUAAGAGGUGAGAAGCUGGAGCUGUUCCUGCGGUCACUGAACAGCAGUAAGCCCCUUUACCUUGGCCAGACGGGCUUGGGCAUGGCUGAGGAGUUGGGCAGAUUGGCCCUAGAGCCUGGAGAGAACUUCUGCAUGGGAGGCCCUGGGAUGAUCUUCAGUAGAGAGGUGCUACGCAGAAUGGUCCCUCACAUCAGUACCUGCCUGAGAGAGAUGUAUACCACCCAUGAAGAUGUGGAAGUGGGCCGUUGUGUGCGACGUUUUGGAGGAACACAGUGCGUGUGGUCUUAUGAGAUGCAACAGCUCUUCUAUGAGAAUUAUGAACAAAACAAGAAAGGUUUCAUUGAAGAACUUCACAGUAGCAAGAUCCACAAUGCCAUUACACUGCACCCCAACAAAAAGCCUGCCUACCAAUACCGGCUCCACAGCUUCACGCUGAGCCGUGAGAUCUCAAGGCUUCGGUACCGCACCAUCCUGCUCCACCGCGAAGGCCUGAUUAUGAGUUACCUCAGUGAUACAGAGGUACUGUGGGAAGACCAACAGCUGGGAUCCCCACCUUCAUACAUGCACUAUCAGCCCAAUGAGAGAAAUGAUGUAAUUGAGUGGGAUUUCCUUACAGGUCGCCACAUUUAUUCUGCUGUUGAGAACAAGAUUGCCCGCCAAAGCCUUGGGAACUUGCUUCGGACUGCACUGGAGGACAUUAUACUGCAGGUCAUGGAAAUGAUUAAUAAGAAUUCAAAAACACGUGGCCGUGUAAUUGACUUUAAAGAGAUUCAGUAUGGCUACUACAGAGUGGAUCCAAUGCAUGGUGCAGAGUACAUCAUAGACCUACUGCUUCUGUACAAGAAACAUAAGGGACGCAAAAUAACAGUGCCUGUGAGGCGGCACGCUUACCUUCAGCAGCCCUUUAGCCGGCCCUUCUUUACUGAAAUUGAAGAGUUAGAUGUGGUUGAACUUGUGACUAACAUCAACUCUGAAUCCCAAUCCCUGUCUUUCCUGUCCAACUCUCUGAAGUUCUUGUCCCCUUUCCAGUUCUAUGGAUCAACAAGGGAAAUAUGGAAGCAAAGCCAGAAGAAGGUCAACAUUGUCGUCCCACUGUCUGGUCGUUACGACACCUUUGUCCACUUCAUGGAGAACUUUGAGGAAGUGUGUUUGAUAGCCAAACUAAAUGUUAAACUCUCCAUUGUUCUUGUGGACAAUGAGAGAACUCAGAACAGCGAAAAACAUAUUCAGUUAAUCAAAGACUACCACAGGAAGUAUCCUACAGCUGACCUUUCCAUAAUCCCCAUGACAGGCAACUUUUCACGAGGCCUGGCUCUGGAGCUGGGCUCCUCACAAUUUGACAAUGACACCCUACUGUUCUUCUGUGAUGUUGAUCUUAUCUUUAGCGGUGAUGCCUUGCAACGCUGUAGAGACAAUGCUGUCCAAGGAAGACAGGCCUAUUUCCCUGUUGCCUUUAGUCAGUACAACCCCAAGAUAGUGUAUACCGAGAAGGCCCAAAGAGAAAACAAAUUUGUACUGACUAAGAAAAGUGGUUUCUGGCAAGAUUAUGGCUUUGGAAUCACCUGUGUUUUCAAGAGUGAUUUACUAAAAGCAGGAGGUUUUGACACCUCAAUCCUAGGCUGGGGGCUGGAAGAUGUGGACUUGUUCACAAAAGUUAUUAAUUCUGGUUUGAAAGUGUUGCGCAGUCAAGAACCAGGAAUUUUCCACAUUUAUCAUCCUGUCCACUGCAACACAAGUCUUGAGCAGAAGCAAUAUAAAAUGUGCCUUGCAUCAAGAGCAAGUACCUUUGCAUCAACAAUGCAGUUGGCAGAGCUGUGGCUGGAGAAACACAUAGAAAUAGGGUAUAACAGAACUUCAUCUGACAUUUGAGUCCUCCUUGGUACCUCAAUACAAGCUUACCUCACCUCUGCUUGAAUGGAGACAGCAAUGGACUGUGUGUGUGUGUGUGUGUGUGUGUGUGUGUGUGUGUUGAAGUGUGACUAUGGGUCAGAGGUCUUUGUAGGCUGCAAAGUUUGACCCAGAAAAGACCCAAGACUAGACUAUUUUAAACAGAUGGACCUAACUAAUUAAAAGUGUUAGGGUCAGACCCAAAUCUAAACUGACCUGACAGUAGGUCGGCCCAGUGCAAAUAGAUCCAGAUUAAAUAGUACAAGAACAGCUCAGAAUCCAGAGUCUAGGAUUUCUACACCAGAUUUAUUGGAAACAAACACCAGUGUUUACUUUCUUAUUAAAUUCCAAAGCAGCUGGGAAAACCACUGAUUGAAUACAAAAGUCCUAUUGGUUGGUACAUUGGACAUUGUACAGUUCACUUAAGUAUUACAGAUUUAUUUUUUCUCUGUCAGUGAUGCUAAUAUAGAGCUCUGGGACUUUUAUUGCAGUUACUUGGGGGCCAAGCCAAAAAGACACAAAGAGGCUAUAAGCUGUAUCACCCAAAGCAGGGGUUCUCAAACUUUUUGGGGCCACGGACCCCUUACGGGGGACCCCCUCAUAAUCCUCACAGCAAUUAAUAAAUAUGUUUACUGCCAUUUGUACUCCUAGAUACUGUAGUAAUUAUUUUAUUUUUUAUUUUAUAAAUUAUUUUAAACGUUUCAACCCAAAUACUUAAGACCUCUUUCAUAGAAAUGAACUUAAACAAAUUAAAUUUGAAUACUUUUAAUUGCAGGGACAUUUAUGUUCAAAGUACAUUUGGAAAAUGAUGAUUCACAAAGGGGGCAAUAUUUGCAUGGCCUCAGCUGUGAGUUCAGGAUAGUCAUGUGAGAGGGAAGGCUAAAAGUUUUCAUGAUUAACCUGCGGUAAUCAGGCCCUCAGUGUCCUAUCACAGUUUAAUUCCAACAGCUGCUCUUCUGCCAUAUCUGUCAGGCAAUUUGCUUUUGCAGCUGGUGCAAAGGGGUCACACACCCAGUCCCAGAGCAUCAGUGUUCACAUCGGAGAGGUAUGAGCUGAAGUGCGAGGUGGCGACCUCUCUUACUGUAGCUACAGACACAUUGUGGUCUUUGGGAGUUAUUGGCUUAGUAUGUUUAGUUAUACACUUUUUUAGUGAUAUGUCAUAACUUAAUUAAUUUGUUGCAAAUUAUUUUGCAGACCCCCAAGCUAUGGCUUACAGACCCUGAGGGGUCUGGGCACCCCAUUUUGAGAAUUGUGGACCCAAAGUACCUGAGGGGUGAUUUCAAAUGAUAUGUAAUGACAGGAAAUGAAAAGAAAAGAAAAAUAUAAAUAUUCUAGUCAAAUCAUUAGUAUGUUGAAGCUUACAGACUUAGUGACUUGUUAGGUCAAAAUACAAAAUAAAACUGGGAUAAUGUUCGUUGAAAAUGUUGGUUGGUUUUUCAAUGAAUAUAAUGUAGACAUGAAGGCAUUAUGUGUGCCAUCACUCCACCACUACUGUCCAAUAAAAGCAAAAAAGAAAAAAAGAGCACAAAUGCAUAUAGAAAAAAAAUGUAAAAAUCUUCUGUGUUCGGUAUAUUAGGCAGCAUAGCUGCCUUCAGGCGAAAAUACAGUCUGAAGAUGGGGUAUGCUUGAAAACACAAUGAAUUUUUGAAAAUUAGGUCCCUUCUUGAGGACAUUCAUGGCUGUUCACACAAAAAUGAUGGAUGUAGUUGUGUGAAGAAUGAAAAAUAAAGCUUGAGAGAGAAGAUAAAAACCUGCUGCUUUAAUGCCACCACACAGCAAGUCAAGAACUGUGUGAAGGUGGUGUGUGUGUGGGGCUGUUGAGUGGGAACGUUAUAAAAAUUGUUGGACACAGUGCCAUGUGGUGGACUACAAAGACCCAAGACCUGGUUCGAUUAGGGCCAAUUCCAAUUAUAGUUUCCGUGUUUUUUUCCUUUCAUUCAGUUCUACAAGUAUUUUCCAAAGGACAUUGUCAAGCUAAGCAAAAUACUUCAUGGCUUCUCUCUGAAUUAGCCUGGCUCCUACAGAGCCAUAUUUAUUUAAUCAGAAAACUGUGCAUUUUCUUGUUAGAAUGAGAAAAUUGAAUCCUUUCAUAUUUUAUGAAGAACUGAAGACUACACUGAGUGACACACAGAUUCAAAGUUAAGUUGAAGAUCAUUUGCCAAGAUUCUGUCAUGUUAAUGGAUUUGCCCAAGAAUAAUGGCUUUAAAGUCUGUGAGCAAUAACAGCUGCUAUAGUAACAACUGAUUAUUUAUAAUAAAUGUUCAGAUAUUUUGUCA